AAAGAAAUGGUUACUUUUUUUAUCACCGAAAAGGGUGAGUAUUGAGCCCAAAACAAAAGGAAAAUGGGUUGUGAAAGUGGGUCAAUGGGUCGAAGCAUUUCUUGGCAUAAAUCUUGUCUUUAUUUCCUCGUUCGGCUUUAGAAACAGCACUGAAUUGCUUCUCUAUCCCAAAGCUGUGUAACUCUUCUGCCAUGUUUUCUCCUCUUCUUUUCUGGCGACAGUGAGAAAUCACAAACCUUGCUGCCCUAAGGUCUAUUUCUCUGUCUCUUUCUAAGGCAAGUUGCAUUUAAUGUUCAUCUACAAUGGCAAGAUGGGAUGCAAUCCUCUCUCUUCCAGUUCAAAAUCCUCCCACAUUGGAAUUUUCUGCUGUUGACCUAGUGUGGUCAAAAGUGGAAGGAUGGCAUGAUAAAUUAGAUAGAGUUGCUCUAAUUCCUUUUGCUAGAGUUGAUGAUUUUGUGAGGGGUGAAUCUAAUAAUAAAGAAUGUCCUACAAGAUUUCAUGUUGAAGCAAGGCGUCGACGGUCUCCAUCAAUGUCUUUCAAGCCAAAGGUUGAUGGGAUACUGGAGUAUAUUUUGUAUUGGUGUUCCUUUGGUCCUGAUGACCAUAGAAAAGGCGGCAUUGUUCGACCAAGCCGUACUACUUACGUUCCAAAGAAAAAAAACGCUGGUCGACCAAAUACUAAGAGAGGUUGUACUUGUCACUUUAUUGUGAAACGCCUCAUAGCUGAACCAUCAGUUGCCCUAAUCAUAUAUAAUGAUGAUAAGCAUGUGGAUAAAAAGGGUUUGCCAUGCCAUGGUCCCCAGGACAAAAAAGCUGCUGGUACACGGGCUAUGUUUGCCCCAUAUAUCUCAGAAGAUCUCCGACUUCGGGUUUUAUCUCUUCUAUAUGUUGGAGUCUCUGUGGAAACCAUUAUGCAGAGGCACAAUGAAUCAGUUGAGAGACAAGGUGGUCCAUGUAACCGUGAUGACCUUUUGACCCAUCGUUAUGUUCGACGACAAGAGAGGGCAAUCCGUCGUUCUACAUAUGAGCUACAUGAUGAUGAUGCUGUUAGUAUCAGCAUGUGGGUUGAAAGCCACCAAAAUCAUGUUUUCUUCUAUGAAGAUUUCUCUGAUUCAGAUCCAUUUACUUUAGGCAUUCAAACUGAGUGGCAGCUGCAACAAAUGAUCAGAUUUGGGAACCGUGGUCUGCUUGCUUCAGAUUCAAGAUUUGGUACAAAUAAAUUACAGUACCCCAUUCACAGUCUUCUAGUGUUCAACUCGGACAAGAAGGCCAUUCCUGUGGCUUGGAUAAUAGCACCAAGGUUUUCAAGUUUGGAUGCAAAUCGAUGGAUGAGGGCUCUUUACAAUAGAGUUCACACCAAAGAUCCUACUUGGAAGUUGGCUGGCUUCAUAGUAGAUGAUCCAAUGUAUGAUGUUCUAGCAAUCAGGGACGUAUUUCAGUGUUCAGUAUUGAUAAGUUUUUGGCGAGUUCGUCAUUUGUGGCAUAAAAACAUAGUAAAGCGUUUGGAAACUGAUAUGCAGAUAAAGAUAUCAAAACGGCUUGGGUGGAUAGUGGAUAAUAUUUGCCGCCUUCAAGGAAAGAUGCCACUUUUUGAAGAUUUCAUGGAAGACUUCAUUGAUGAAUCCAAAUUUAUGGACUAUUUCAAGGCCACCUGGCAUCCUAGAAUAGGAGCAUGGACCAAUGCUCUUCAAACUCUUCCUCUUGCUAGCCAAGAGUCCUGUGCAGCAAUGGAGUUUUACCACAACCAACUGAAGGUCAGGUUGUUGAAUGAGAAAGACAUCAGUGUCUAUAAGCGUGCUGAUUGGUUGGUUGACAAGUUGGGUACAAAAGUCCAUGCUUAUUUCUGGCUUGAUGAGUACACUGGAAAAGAUGAUUUUGCGCGAUAUUGGAAAAAUGAAUGGAUUAGUGGUUUGACAUCAUGGCGCAAAGCACUAAAGAUUCCAGAUACCAAUGUCUUACUGGAAGAUGGAUGUGCCAAGGUUACUGAUCAGCAUGAUCUAGAUAAAGCUUAUGUUGUCUGGAAUCCUGGUUCAACGUUGAGCAUUUGUGAUUGUAGUUGGGCACAAGAUGGCAACCUUUGUGAACAUAUCCUGAAAGUUCUUAGUAUCUGCCGAAGGAGAGGGUCCAUUUUACCAUCUAUCGGCUUAUUUCAGUAUCAGCAGGCACUAAAUAAGAUGUUGCAUUGCCCACCUUUUGAUUCUUUAAUUCGUGAUCACGCUGUGUCAUUGGCAGUUUCAGUCCAGAAGCAGUUAAAUACACUACUCGAUAAAGAAGGCAUCCAGACUGUUAUGGAUCCCCAUGAGAAACGGAUCAUUAUUGAUGUUCAACAAGAAAGCUCCAGGGUAGUCUCAACUAACCAGGAUCAGGACUUAGUAAGUCAGAUGUGUGUCAUCAAUGACGUUUUAUUACAGGAUGGUGAUGGCUGUGAGGAUAGAAAUGAAGGCCCUGGAUGUGCAAGCGUGAUGAAUGAUAUCGCUGAUCAUGUAGAUCAUGGCAGUACUAGAAACAGCAAACCAAUUGAGAGCGUUGGAGAGGACAGUUUGACUGCUGACAUGGAUCUUGACCCACCAUCAAUUUCUGUUUCCCUUCCCAGAUUGCAGUCGGUUGAUGAGACUGUUUCAGGUACUGCAAUCCAAGAGAACAAAGAGUGGGAUUUGUCUACUACAGGAAAUGAGAUUUCAGCUUCCAAUAAUUGUGCUGUGUCUAAUGAUAAGAUUGAAGAAAAUAUUUUAGAUACAGGUUGCAAAGAUUGUGUUAUGGAUGUGGAUCACCCAGCCUUAGAUGACCCCUCUUCAACAACAUUGGAUGUGAAGCAUAGUGAAACACUUGAGAAUGGUGUCAAUGAUGUUCCCAGAGUUUUUUCUUGCACGAUAGAUGGUGAUAGCCACUCGAGUUCUCCAUCCACUGCUACAGCUGUUAAGCCACCCGCAAUUGAUAUGGAUGAAAAUUCAGGUAUCAUCAAGAAGGAUGUGAGUUUGGGAUCAAAUACAUGAAAGAGAGCAUAAAUCAAUACACAGAUGACAGUUAGAUGUUGAUGCCAAUAAAGAGUGGGUUAGUGAGACUAAUUCUUUUAAAAAUUAAAAUCUCUUACCCUCAAAUAUUACAUGUCUAGAUAAUGCUAAUAAAGUUCUGCUCUAGUGAGGUUAUUAAUCUGCUUGAAGCUGUCAUAGCACUAACUUUGCUGAUAAAACUUCAUCACAACAAAUUGCUGAGCUGAUACUCCCUUCGAUUCUUCCUUGUCCUUAUCUCCAAUUCAUCAGUUGAUGCAUGUGAGAUUAUAUCUAUUCUUUUCUCAGUAACGAAAAUUGUGCUGAUUAGCUAAGCUAUUGUACUUGUGUAAAUACGAGUCCUAAUUUCUAUGGAGUUACAUUUAAUUCACCAAGAUAUUCUGAUUUGUUAUGGAUAGGAAAGGAAUGUCGCUUCUUU